CAUGUGGUUGCACACCGUGAUUGUUCUCGCAAUACUGGCGCAUGUUAACGGCUACAAAAUAUUGGCCCUGUUUCUCUAUACUGGAAAAAGCCAUUUUGAUACCUUCCGACCGUUGCUGCAAGAAUUGCAUGCGAAGGGUCACCAACUUACCGUACUCACUCAUUUUCCUUUCGGAAAUAGUAGUACAAAUAUCACGAACAUUCCCUUGAGAGACCCAUUGGAGCUUCCUUCAGUUGGGGUAAUCGAUUUGGAGCUGUUUCUCAAUUACCCUGUUCUUCGGGAUACGUUACCGGUAUUGGUGCCCAUACAUGCAAUGUAUUUGUGUGAACAAGUGCAGACGCAAACCAAAGUUAGGGAGUUUAUAAGCAGUGAGCAAAGCUAUGACUUAGUGAUUGCUGAAUUUUUCGCCGAUUACUGCCUCAUGGGUUUAGCAGAAAAAUUUAAGGCACCAUUGGUAGGCGUCAGUUCGUGCGUGCCCUACUCCUAUUUAGACAAAUACAUCGGUUACCAAAAUACGCCGAGUUACAUACCGAUUACAUUUUCAUCCUUUUCGGAUCAAAUGAACUUUUUGGAAAGGGUACAGAAUUCAGUGUAUUAUGUUUUCACGCAUGUUUUCUUUAACGUGCUCGUCCCAUUGUACUACAAUCGAUUAACACGGAAUAACAUCGGAAGGAACCUAUCUUCAGUUGAAGAAAUUCACUUGAAUACCAGCAUCAUGCUUGUGAAUAGUCAUUUCAGUUUGACACGGGCGCGACCGUUACCUCCUGGAUUUAUUGAAGUGGCUGGUUUGCAUAUUACAAAGUGGAAAAGACCGCCAAUAGUAAGUGUACGCUAUCCUAUUUUAGAUUAG